AUGUCCUCAUCGCAAACUGCCUCCACCGACCCGAACGACUUCUUCGAGCCGAUCGACAUGGACACCAUCGCCACCUCCGUCCAGUGCAUCCCGGUCACUCUCGCGGUGUGGAAAGAGCUCGGCCAGAAGCGUGCCGGCGCUCGCCGUUUUGGCCCCGCCCAGCUGCACACCAUCUUCAACACCGCCACCCGAGCACUUUCGGCAGGCGAGAAGCCGAAGGGCUGCGUCCGCGGCCGCCCCUCGAAGCGCCUCCCGGACGUGUCGCUCGACAAGCCCACUCCGCCUCGACAGAAGCGUGCCAAGAAGAGCGUCGAGCGUGGCGCCGGAGAUGCCCUCGACGUCGUCGUCGAGCCGUGCAAUAACAACAACAAUGAAGCCAUGGCUGUCGACGACCAAGAGAUCGGCCCGAACACCACCGUCAUCCCGGAGCACGACAACAAUCUCGGCAACAACAACUCGCAGCCGGACGCUCCGGACACCAAUGACGGCGUGCACGUCGGAGAUGUUGCGCCGUCGGCUGCUCUCGACGAUGUUCAAGGCUCGGAUGUGCCGAUACCGUCCAACGGAGAGCCGGAGGCCGAAAACGUGGAGCUGCCGUCCGCCACAAUUGAAGAUGUUCAAGGCUCGGAGGACGCUCUCGAGAACGUUGUGGCCCCGGAAGCGCCCGCCCCCUCUGAUGAAGCCCCUGAGGACCCAAAUGUCCAGCUGCCCCUUGCCACAGUUGAAGAUGUUCAAGGCUCGGAGAACGUUCUCGAGAACGUCGUGACCGCGGAUCUGCCCGCCCCAUCCAAUGAAGUCUCCGAGGGCCCGGAUGCCGAGCUGCCCGCUGCCACUGUCGACGAUGCUCUAGCCUGGAAUGCGAUCCCGACAUCCAGCGAGGACGACGGCUUCGGUGCGAACAUCGAGCUUCCGCCGGCCACCACUGACAAAGAGAACACGCAGCCACCGCCGUCGCCCGUCUUCGAACAGCACAUGCUCACCGACGCCGAGGGCAACCCGCUGAUCUCGUGCCCCUUCCAGCCGGGCUACGUCCCCAUCGUU